AUGUCACCGGUCCAGCAGUACUGGCUUCCAGGAUAUGGCCUAUCCCGUCACAUAGUCCUAGGACAUAUCCACUAUUUUCUCGGUCCGAGUGCUUCGGUUCGGCCAUAUAGUUACCAGGGACGCGAAGGAUAUCUGAUUACGGGUGUUCCUCUUACACGGGAACAAAUUGAGGAUCUGGCUACCAUGUCUCGAGAAUACGAGAAACAGGAAGCUGCACGCAUGACCUCCCAAAGCCACAAUUCCACUGGCAGUGGGGUUUCGUCACGACAAUCUUCGGAGCCCUAUAUCAAUGAGUUGGUCCCUAUCGAAACCUCCCGGGGACGUCGAAACCCAGAGCCAGAGAUCAGAGGCCGCUAA